AUGUUUUUCACCGCUCGAAUUGUCUUAUCGCUUAUCGCGAGUGUGCAAAAAGAAAUCCCAAGCCUUGUCCAAGUAAGAGAGAUUUGGCUCUCACCAGUUGUACCGAGUACAUUACACUACUAA